GCUCCCGGUGCCGGCUCCCGGUGCCGGUGCCGGUGCCGGUGCCGGUGCCGCCGGGCCAUGGAGGAGCGCAGGAAGAAGCGGAGCCCGCAGAGCUGCCUGGCGCAGCCGCCGCCCCCCGGGGCCCCGCGGGCGCUGCCCCCGAGCAAGAGCGCGUCCUUCGCGCUGCCGCUGCCCGCGCUGCCCUCGCCCCGGCAGCGGCCGCGGCCCCGCCGGGCCAGCAAGGAGCGGGCGCGGGCGGGCGCGGGGGGCUCCCGGGGGGCGCCGCUGCAGCACAGCUUCCUCACCGAUGUGUCCGACGUGUGCGAGAUGGAGCGGGGGCUGCUCAGCCUGCUCGGCGACUUCCACUCGGGAAAGCUGCAGGCCUUCGGGAAGGAGUGCUCCUUCGAGCAGCUGGAGCACGUGCGGGAGAUGCAGGAGAAGCUGGCGCGGCUGCACUUCGGCCUGGACGUGUGCGUGGAGGAGCUCCCCGAGGAGCAGAAGAAGGCGGCGGCCGACAGGAACCUGGACCAGCUGCUGGCACACCUGGAAGAGCUCAGCAGCUCCAUACAGAAGCUGCACCUGGCCGAGAGCUCGGACCCCGAGGACGCGGCGCCCUGACCCUGUCCCUGUCCCCGUCCCCUCCCCUGUCCCCGCCACCCCCGGCACCCUCAGGCGGGCCCGGCCGGGCCUCCCCCGCCACGGCGGCGCCGGUCGCGGCCCGAUGACGUCAGCAGGCGGCGCCGGGGCCAUGGCGGCCGCGCCGGGC